GGGAAGUGUGCAGUAGCUUACCUGAUUUUUUGUUGUUUUCUGUUUUCACAUGCGGGCAACUGUUCCCCCACGUCUGCCUCUGAUAAAACGGAGGGGUGGGUUUAGCGUUUUCUGCAAUCGUUUCUGCUUUCAUCGCUUCCUCAGACUAACACUAGGACGGCGAGACAGGAGACUGAGAGGCUGGGGUGAUGGCUGCCGGAGGCGGAUGCGGGGAAACCGUGGACCAGUACCGCACGGAGGUAGAGCGGCUCACCAGGGAGCUCGCGGAUGCAAACCGUGAGAAGAUUCGAGCGGCGGAAUGCGGUCUUGUGGUACUGGAGGAGAACCAGACGCUAAAGCAGCAGUAUGCGGAAUUAGAAACGGAACAGGAGACGCUGAAAAGGGAGUUGGAGCAGCUGCAGGAGGCGUUUGGCCAGGCAUAUUCCACCCAGCGCAAGGUGGCGGCAGACGGAGAGACCAAUGAGGAGACGCUGCUGCAGGAGUCUGCCUCCAAGGAGGCGUACUACAUGGGCCGGCUGCUGGAGCUGCAGGCGGAGCUGAAACAGAAGCGCUCCAUGGCAUCCAACACACAAGCCGAAAACGACAGGCUCAGCGGCCUGCUGCAGGACCUGAGAGAGAGUAAGGAGGUGUUGGAGCUGCAGAGGAACCAGCUGAAAGAGGAGGUUCAGGAAUGCAAGUUCCGGGAGGCGCGGCUGUUGCAGGACUACACCGAGCUGGAGGAGGAGAACAUCUCACUGCAGAAAAUGGUGUCCCAUCUGAAACAGAGCCAGGUGGAGUAUGAGGGUCUGAAGCAUGAGAUCAAGGUCCUGGAGGAGGAGACAGUGGUGCUGAACAGCCAGCUGGAGGAGGCGCAGCGGCUGCGGCAGAUCUCCCAGACUCACCUGGAGGAGGCGCUGGACUCCCUGAAGACUGAGCGCGAGGUGAAGAACUGCCUGAGGAAGGAGCUGGCGCAGUGCCUCAGUCUGAGCGACAGCGUCUACAGGGCGGGCGCGCACCUGGCCCUCAGCCUCAGCGAGGAGGCCUGCGGCAACGGCGCCGCUCCCGCCAGCCCCGCCCCCAGCAACGGCGACUGCAACAAGUGCAAUGGCCACGCCCAGGACCACGCCCAGGGGCCGUCGAGGGCUAACAGUGAGGAGGCGCCACACCCCGGCUCUGACCUCCUCAGCGAGCUGAACCUCUCAGAGAUCCAGAAGCUCAAGCAGCAGCUCCUGCAGGUGGAGCGUGAGAAGGCAGCGUUGCUGGCAACGCUGCAAGAGUGUCAGAUGCAGCUGAAGCACAUGCAGGGCGCUUUGGCGGAGCAGCAUCAGCGCGUUCACCGCCUCGGCGAGAGCUUCGGGGCCUCCAGCCGUCUCCAAGGCAACAAGGACCCCGGGCUACAGCUGGAGGCUGACUCCUCCCCUCCCCCGGGCCGCCACGACAGCGAGACGGAGGGGCGGGGCGCGGAGGCGCUGCAGUGUGAGUACAGGGUGGCUGCAGCGGAGGCGCUCCACCUGCAGGGGGAGCUGCAGGCCCUGCAGGAGCUGCACAGGCAGAGCGCGGAGAGCCUGGCUGAGGAGCGGAGCCGCAGCGAGGCGCGUUUGAGCGUGCUGCGCGAUCACGUGGCCCGCCUGGAGCGCAGCUGCCAGGAGGGCCAGGCCAGGAUCGGCAGGCUGGAGGCGGAACUGCGGGCGGCGGCGGGCGUGGCCAGCGAGAGCCGCGGCAUGCUGACGGCGGCGCAGGACGAGCUGGCUACCUUCAGCGAGGAGCUGGCGCAGCUCUACCACCACGUGUGCCUGUGCAACAACGAGACGCCCAGCCGGGUGAUGCUGGACUACUACCGGCAGGGCCGCGUCGCCCGGGGCAGCUGCCUCAGGGGCUCAGAGAACGUCCGGGCGCUGCUGUCGCCCCGUCUGGCCCGCCGGACCGCCCCACCGGAGCCGGGCGGUGAGCUGCGCAGGGAACCCAUGAACCUGUUCAACCUGAACGCCAUUAUACGCGACCAGAUCAAGCACCUGCAGCUGGCCGUGCACCGCGCCCUGCAGCUGUCCCACCAGAGGGCCGCUGCCCGGGACCUGGCCCCCAGCUGCGAGCGGGACAAAGAGGCCUGCCUGGAGGAGGUGCUGAAGCUCAAAGCGCUGCUCAGCACCAAGAGGGAGCAGAUCGCCACCCUCAGGCUUGUCCUCAAGGCUAACAAACAGACGGCCGAGGUGGCUCUGGCUAACCUGAAGAGUAAGUACGAUGCGGAGAAGUCGAUGGUGACGGAGACGAUGACGAAGCUGCGCAACGAGCUGAAGGCCCUGAAAGAGGACGCCGCCACCUUCUCGUCCCUCAGAGCGAUGUUCAACACCAGGUGUGACGAGUAUGUGUCUCAGCUGGACGAGAUGCAGAGGCAGCUGGCGGCGGCGGAGGACGAGAAGAAGACGCUGGACUCGCUGCUGCGCAUGGCCAUCCAACAGAAGCUGGCACUGACGCAGCGGCUGGAGGACCUGGAGUUCGGCCACGAGCAGUCACGCCGCGGCCGCGCCAACAAGGUGGCCAGGAUCAAGACCAGUCCUUCUGCUGGCACAGCAGGCCUCUCUACAGCUGUGGGGCACAGAGCCCCCGUCUCCCACACUGUCACACCCUCUGCACCCGGAAGCCCGCCCUCUCUAGAGGCCCCACCCACCUCCACGUCUCCAUGGACACCUCCGGCAUCGCCCUUCCUUCUGGGGCACCCCCAGUGGACUCUGGGAGUUCAGACGUUUGUCGUCGAUGCCCAAACCUUCAGUACUGACCUCGGCCCCUUCUCUCACAACCCCCCUAAGGACACGCACCACCCUCCUUCCAGCUCCCCUAGCUCCACCCCAAGCUCCGCCCCCGUGUCACCCUUGAGGGCGCGGCACCCGACACCUGCCAGGACUCGCACCCUCACCGACGUGACACGCCCCAUCACCCUAGUGACACUGCCCACCACACCCAGCCAGCCCUUCCCCCGUACCUACAGUUCCCAUCAUCCUCAGCACUGACACUCACCAAAGAGUGUUGGGUGGCUAACACGCUCAAAGCAGAAGCUGCCUGUAAGUUAGACUCUAGGACCAGAUUCCCCCAACCACACUUCAAACCUUAACCAAAAUAAGCUAAACAUCCAAACUGGCCCUGAACCAGCGCUUACGGGCAACUUCUGCGUGGAGCGACUGACACAUUCAGGAGCAGCAACCAGUUUCCUGCUUCCUUAGACCCCUGUGUAUCAGUUUGAACGUGCAGUGAGACUCUCCUCAGGGAUUUACACAUAUGGCCCCACCUCCCUGCUGUCACUGUUGAUCAGUCCUCAGGGCACACUGUCUCUCAGGUAGUGUGUGUUUCUUACCGUUUUCACCUCCUCUGUCUCUCUCUCUCUCAAAGUCUGUGAGAGGAA